GCCCCCAAACCAAGCAGUAAAAGACAAGCCAGGGACUGGCAGGAGGGCCCCGCGAUGGAACUGAACAGGGGGCGAAGAAUGCCUGACUGACACGCACCCACCAUCCCUCUAAACCCCAACCAACCAACCACCGCGCUCCGGCAAGAAAACCCCAGCCCCUUCCCGGAAUCCCCAUUCCGGCGAGCCCGACCGACCGGCCUCCGAUGGCGUCGUCGACGCUGGAGCUGGAGGCCGCCAUCGCCGCCCUCCCCGCCAAGAAGCAGCGCCUCCGGGAGUCCUUCGACCGCCUCCUCGCCGCCUCCCCCAUCCCCAUCCCCUUCACCUGGGCCGACGUCGACGCCCACAUCUCCUCCCUCCAGUCCUCCAUCGCCCGACGCUUCCGCCUGCUCCAGGCGCACCAGGCCGCCGCGCUCCGGACCACCGCCGAGCACCAGCGCCAGCACCACGUCAGGGGCAAGGGCCAAGACAGCAGCGAGGAGGAGGAGGAAGAUGGGGGGCGGCCCAAUCGCGCGCCUUUGGACCUCAAUGCCGGGGAGGAGGGGGAGCAGGGGGGUGCGGAGAUGGCAAUCGAGGCGUCUCCCGACCAGUACGACGCCGUCGAGGAGGGCGAGGCGUCUCCUGGCCUUGAACCAGAGGAGGUGGAGGCGUUUCUUGGCCUUGAACCAGAGGAGGAGGAGGAGGAGGAGAAAGAUGGGGAGCGGGCCAAGCGGGCGCCUUCGGACCUCAAUGCCGGAGAGGAGGGGGAGCAGGGGAGGGUGGAGCUGGCAAUCGAGGGGUCUGCCGACCAGUACGACGCCAUUGAGGAGGGGGAGGCAUCUCCGGGCCUUGAACCAGAGGAGGAGGAAGAUGGGGGGCGGGCCAAGCGGGCACCUUCGGACCUCACUGACGAGGAGGAGGGGGAGCAGGGGAGGGUGGAGGUGGCAAUCGAGGCGUCUCCCGACCAAGACGACGCCGUUGCCGAGGGGGAGGCGUCUCCCGACCAAGACGACGCCGUUGAGGACUGGGAGGCGUCUCCUGGCCUUGAACCAGAGGAGGAGGAGGAAGAGGAAGAGGAGGAGGAGACCAUCCUAGGGGCGUACCCAAGCCAUCGCCACGGGGAGACGAAGGAGAAGGCGCCGAGCAGCAGCCCGACGCCGGACCCCGCCGGCGGCGCGGGGGAGGCGGUGAGGUGGAACCUCGCGGCGGCGCGCGCGGACAGGGACGCCUCGCUGCUGGCGGACAUGCUGUACUGGGGCAACAAGAGGAGCCUGCGCGCCCGGCGGCAGUUCCUCCCGGCGCUGCUGUGCGCCGCGGAGCCCCACGCGCUGGUCGUCGGCGCCGUCAGGGACUUCCUGGCCAGGACCGAGCCCAAGAGCGACAAGAACUGGGAGAACUGCGCCUCGCUCCUCUGCUGCGUCCCCAGCCUCAGGGCCGAGCCGUCGGCGGCCACGCUGGAGCGGGCCAGACGGCUGGCGGAGGACUGGAGGGAGAUGAUCGUCGGCGAGCCUGAAAGCCGCAGGGACCUCGGCCGGCUCGCCGUAUGGGGCCUUCUGCAGUUUCUUGCCUCGUACAAAAUUGCCUUGGAGCUGGACGCUGAUGGGAUCAACCAUCUCCUCGCCGACGUCCCGCGCAACAAGAAGCAGAGCUGCAUCGAGCUCCGCAAUGGCCUUGGGCUGAUCCCCACCAUGGCUGACCCGGUUGACCAUCUGACUGAGAAUGGGCAGCCAGUUGAUGCUAUCAACCAACUGAUUGAGAAUGGGAAGCUACUUGAUGCUAUCAAACUGGCGCAUGAUUUGAAUCUGACCGACAAAUAUCCUCCACUUUCCCUCAUGAAUGAUUAUGUUGAGAAGGCUAAGAAGACUGCUCAGGAGAUAUUGAGCAGGGAAGGUUCACCGGACUCUCUGAACCAGGCCAUGGCGAAGCAGGUGAACGCCCUGAUAAUGUCGUGGAGGGCGGUGGACGAGCACGUCGACGUCGCGCACCGCACCGGCAUCAAGGCAGAGAUCACCCAGCUGCUGCACGGGUACGCGCGCAAGCGGCAGAGCCUGUCGGCCGCCGGUUCUUCUUCCUCCUCCCCGCCUGCCUGGAGCCCGCAGCAGCGGCAGCAGGAGCUGCCGCCGGAAGAGGAGGGGGCCGGGCAGAAGCAGCACAAGAAGCGGAAGCGGAAGCCGCACUGGCUGCAGCGGGAGGCGAGGCAGCACCGGUUCCACGAGCAGCCCAGGUUCUUGCCCCGGUGCGUCGGAGGUGCCCGGCCGGGGUACGACGCCGGCGGGGGCCGUGAUCGUCGCGGCGAGGUGCUCCCGGGGGUCCGUGGAGGGCCUCCUCGAUGCACCGGUAGUCCGUAUUACUCUAGCUAGUAGCGUCGCUCGCUCUUGGCCACGUCCUGCUGCCUUGCCUCCAGACCAGACAAGUGUAUGUAUGUAUGUGUAUGUAUGUAUGGUGCGACUGAUCAUUGAGGCUGAUGGAUCGGACCGAGGAGUAGACCUGCAACUCCUGAGUCGUGUGGCUUGGCGUUGUUACUGGACGUACGUGUUAGCACAUAUCUAUAGGAUCAACGAAAACUUUGUUCUUAUCCUUGUGAUCAAUAGGGAUGCAAAUUUGUGAUCCUCGGGGUACCCUCUGUCCUCUGACCGUCCAUAAUUCAACCAAAUGAAGUAAAUUUUCGGAAGUUGUUUGACUUUCGAGU